AAUCGUUUUCUUGGUCACUAGUCAUGACUAACGCGUUUGAUCCUUCACCAACCAUUACAAAAGGAAAAAUGAAAGCGAUUAAACGAAAGGUCACUCUCUUUAAUCUUCUUGAAUUCAUCCUAUUCCUAUUUAAUAUAGUUUUGGCACAUACAAAAAAGACAGGACAGUCUCACAGGAUUCUUGGCAGCGCUGAAUGCAUUAUGGAGAAACUUGAUUUGGCGACAAAAUCAUCAUCGUAUCCUCCUAGUAAUAAUGUUUGGGACUGUGGCAGCACGCUGUAUGACUCGUUCGAGCUCAACUCCUUCAAACGCCAACUCGACUCAGCUAUAGCUAAUUCCCCUAUAAGUAGAACCCUCUCCAUGCCUCAUUUACCGGAACGUUCACUUCACGCGCUGUCAGAGCAACCUGCGACGGUCAUGUCCCGAAAGUCCUUCAAAAUUUCUCGCUCCUUUCAGAAACUCCUUCGCUCCGUUUUCAAGUCCAACAAUAAAUCCACCACUACAUCCACUAGUUUGAGUUUCCAAGUGCCAGAGAAAUACUCCAGAGAACGUUUCUACGUUGUUUAUGAUAAGUCUGGACCGGUUCUCUCCACCAUCCCAGAAGUUCCGGAAUUUGAGAUCGGUGCACUUUCGCCGGAGAUCUCUUCCUUCGUCAGAAGGUCAGCGUCGGAGCGCUUCACUCCCACCGCAAUCGGUGUUUCCUGCGCUUAAAUAGUUAGCACAAAUCUCUCUGGUCUUAUUUGUUUUUACUCAACUUGAGUAGGAGAUGUAAUUCAGUUUCAAUUUCAGGAUUUGAAGUCAAUGUUAGUGGUUAAGAUAUUUUUGUUAAUCAACCUUAUUGCCCUCGUAUUGUAUUUGUAAUCAACUAUACUAGCAUAUGUGAAUUAGCGCGUGAAUGAUUUCUGUUUGAAAUACUACUAUUUCAGAUGGUUCGCGAGGCAA